CAGUCCCAGGAAGGCAGGGGCUCUGUGUAUCUCACGCUCAGCCAUUGAAUCCCACUUCCUAGCCCACCGCCUGGUGCCCAGUAGGUUGCUGAAUGGAUGAACUAAUAAAUGAAAGAUAGACCUGGGUUUAAAUCCUGGCACUGACACUCAUUUUCGAUGGCACAGUGGGAAAGAUACUUAACCCUCCAAACGUCAGUUUCCUUACCCGUCCAGUGCGGUGACCAUACCCACCUUGCAUUGUUAUAUGAAGACGAGGCAACAGAGGCCACAUCAGUGGAUUCCAGCACUGGCUGCCUGUUAGCCCCGACUGGGGGGACUUUUGUGAAAGACCAGUGCCCCAGGCUAAUCUCCAAAGACUCUGACCCGGUAGAGUCAUCGCAAGCCCUUUCUCUGUUGUUGGUGGUGGUGUGAAUCGUCGGCACUGCUGUAGAGCUGCAGUCCGAACGUUCCAGAGGCCACAGGAUUGGUGUGGGUGAGGAAUUUAAUUAUGUUGGAGAGGCCUGUAGAGAAAUGUGCUCAGUUACAAUUGGAACCCAGCCGUCAAGGAUUUUCCACAGGAAUGUAACGAGUUUACCUACAGUUUUGCCGAAGAAAUCCGAAGGCAGACUUUCGGGGCAGUGACACCCGGCUAUGAUUUCAUGGCCCGAUUGAGGAGCGGAGUGGAGGCGAUUCUCCCUCCCAACGCGCACGAGCUGGCUCACAACCGCCUGCACGUCUCCAUCACCAACACCAAGACCAGAGAAAACUACUUAGUCUCCAGUUUUCCCUCCCGGGAGGACCUCCUUAAGGUCCUGUUAGCCAGCAGCUUUGUGCCCAUUUAUGCAGGACUAAAACCAGUGGAAUACAAAGGGCAGAAAUGGGUAGACGGAUGCUUUACCAACAGCCUGCCCCUCCUGCCUGUAGGCCGGACAGUGACCGUCUCAGCAUUCAGCGGGAGAGUGGACAUCUCCCCGCAGGACGAAGGGCAGCUGGAUUUCUAUGUGACCAUAGGCAAGCAGGACAUACUGCUGUCCGCGGCAAACCUGGUGAGGCUUCACCAAGCCCUUUUCCCACCAAGCGAGACGAUAAUGGAAUCACUAUAUCGUCGUGGCUUUGAUGACACCAUCAAGUUUUUACUUAAAGAAAGUUGGUUUGAAUACAACGCUUAAAACUUUACAACGCAAAACACAUUUCAGACCGUUCUUGAUGGAGGUCUCUAAUCCUUUUUUAAAAGCCUAUCAUAACUCUCUGUUUUGUUAUUAGUUUUUGUAAUAUUUGUAAUUUUUAAAUCAUUACUUGGUGCAAGGAAAUGAGGCAUUUUGGUUGAAUUUGGCAGCGUCAUUAAGAAGGUUACACUCAGGUGAUAAGGAAUCGUUGUAAGAGAACCACCACAUCCUUUGAAAGCCCGCUGGGAAUGUAAGGGGUUCUCUGGGGAAACCGUGGAAUGCUCAAAAUGAGGUUCGUGGUGCACACAUUCUCUGCACGGAUAACGUGGC